GUGGUCAUGGCAGAAAUAGAGGAGGACAUUGCUGACCUCUUGCCCGUUGAGGAGGAAGAUGAAGAGUCGGAGAGGGAUGAAGAGGAAGGAGAAUUUGACUGGGUGGUGGACGAGGCAGAUGAACUCGAUGAUGAGGAUGUAGUUGUUCUGGACACAGAAGCCGAGCCCUUUGAGUUGGACCAACCAGCUGAGCGCAGUGGUCACAUAGCAGCGGUGGAUGGACACUGCAUGUAUGUUUGGGGAGGAUAUAAGGUAAGGAAGUAUGAGAGGCAUUCUGAAUAGACCUUUUGUUUAGAUGAUAUGUUAUAGUGUAUCUAAAUCAUUGAAUUUGGAACUAUACCAUUUCAAUCAAUGAGUCUUCAAUCAAUUAUAGGUUUUACUGGGAGAUUUGGCGUCGACUUUGACCUAUGACACCAUUUGCCAGAGAUAACACAGCCAAACUCCAGCCAACAUGUUUACAACUGAUUUAAUUCCAUUGACUUCCCUCUUGUUUGUCUUGUCAUUAGAAUUCCCAGACCGCUAGCUUCUUGGACUUAUACUUGCCAAGGAAUGAAAUCUGGAUCUACAACAUGGAGACAGAACGAUGGUAAUAAUGAUUUUAAACGUCCUUUUGUUAGUAUCUAGCGUGUGUCUCAAAUGAUAUGGCUCCCUAUAUAAUACCCUACUUAUUGCCAGAACCCUUAUAUCAACCGUCUGUAUUUGCAGGAAGAAGCAGAUGACUGAGGGUAACCUGCAUGCCUCCAUGUCUGGCAGCUGUGGAGUGUGUGUGGAUGGCGUCCUCUAUCUGUUUGGAGGCCACCAUACCAGGGGGAACACUAACCGGGUGAGAAUAUACCGUGUGUGCAUGUGCGUGCACGCUGUUAUGUCUUGUAGAAUCUUGGUACCUAAGCAGUGUCCAGCCCCUCCCUUUCUAGAAACAGUGUUUACAAAAAUAUAUUUUGUGCUGCACGCUAAAAACUAUUUUGCAGGUAAGCAGUGAUUAUUUGAGAGUUUUUCGGUUCAAAUCUCUGCUCCCACUUUAAGCAUCAUAGACGCUAAUUCAACACGGCAGGAUUUCCUUUUUUAUCCCCGUCUCACCUCAGAAGCCCGUUUGCCAACAGACUUAACAUUUAAAUGUUAAUGUCUGUUACGAAACUUAUGACAUUCUACCUUUUUUUUUGACUUCGUACCAUCACAACGUUGUCCUUGUUCUGCUCUGUGGCCUUCAGGUCUUCCGGCUCCCUCUCCAAACACCGGUCCUCUGCUGGGAGGAGAUGAAGGAUCUCAAGGGCCUGGCCCCAUCCUGCAAGGACAAACUAGGCUGCUGGGUCCACAAGAACAGGUGAGGUGGCCCAUUGGCAGGCAGUGUGUUAGAUUAUAGAACAGGUGAGGUGGCCCAUUGGCAGGCAGUGUGUAUAGAGUUAUAGAACAUGGUGAGGUGGCUCAUUCAUUGGCAGCAGUGAAGUUAUGAUUAUAGAAACAGGUUAGGUGGCCCAUUGGGCAGGCAGUGUGUUAGAAUUAUAGGACAGGUGAGGUGUGCUCAUUGGCAGGCGUGUGUUAUGAUUUAUAGAACGGUGAGGUGGCCCAAUUGCAGGCAAGUGUGUUAGAUUGUAUAGAACCGGGGUGAGGUGGCCAUUGGCAGAGGCAGUGUGUUAGAUUAUAGAAAGGUGAGGUGCCCUUGGCCAGGCAGUGUGUUAGAUAUAGACAGGUGAGGUGGCCAUUUGCAGGCAGUGUGGUUAGCUUAUAGAACAGGUGAGGUGGCCAUUGGCAUGCAAGUGUGUUAAGAUUAUAGAACAUGUGAGGUUGCCCAUUGGCAGGCAGUGUGUUAGCUUAUAGAACAGUGAGGUGCCCAUUGGCAGUCAGUGUGUUAGAUAAGUAACGGUGAGGUUGGCCCAUUGGCAGGCAGUGUGUUAGAUAUAGAACAGGUGAGGUGGCCCAUUGGCAGGCAGUGUGUUAGAUUAUAGAACAGGUGAGGUGGCUCAUUGGCAGGCAGUGUGUUAGAUUAUAGAACACGGUGAGGUGGCUCAUUGGCAGGGCAGUGUGUUAGAUUAUAGAACAGGUGAGGUGGCCCCAUUGGCAGGCAGUGUGUUAGAUUAUAGAACAGGUGAGGUGGCUCAUGGCAGGCAGUGUGUUAGAUUAUAGAACAGGUGAGGUGGCCAUUGGCAGGCAGUGUGUUAGAUUAUAGAACAGGUGAGGUGGCCCAUUGGCAGGCAGUGUGUUAGAUAUGAACAGGUGAGUGGCUCAUUGGCAGGGCAGUGUGUUAGAUUAUAGAACAGGUGAGGUGGCUCAUUGGCAGGCAGUGUGUUAGAUUAUAGAACAGGUGAGUGGCCCAUUUGAGCAGGCAGUGCGUCAGAUUAUAGAACAGGUGAGGUGGCCCAUUGGCAGGCGUGUGUUAGAUUAUAGAACAGGUGAGGUGGCCCAUUGGCAGGCAGUGUGUUAGAUUAUAGAACGGUGAGGUGGCCCAUUGGCAGGCAGUGUGUUAGAUUAUAGAACAGGUGAGGUGGCCCAUUGGCAGGCAGUGUGUUAGAUUAUAGAACAGGUGAGGUGGCCCAUUGGCAGGCAGUGUGUUAGAUUAUAGAACAGGUGAGGUGGCUCAUUGGCAGGCAGUGAGUUAGAUUAUAGAACAGGUGAGGUGGCCCAUUGGCAGGCAGUGUGUUAGAUUAUAGAACAGGUGAGGUGGCUCAUUGGCAGGCAGUGUGUUAGAUUAUAGAACAGGUGAGGUGGCCCAUUGGCAGGCAGUGUGUUAGAUUAUAGAACAGGUGAGGUGGCCCAUUGGCAGGCAGUGUGUUAGAUUAUAGAACAGGUGAGGUGGCCCAUUGGCAGGCAGUGUGUUAGAUUAUAGAACAGGUGAGGUGGCUCAUUGGCAGGCAGUGUGUUAGAUUAUAGAACAGGUGAGGUGGCCCAUUGGCAGGCAGUGUGUUAGAUUAUAGAACAGGUGAGGUGGCCCAUUGGCAGGCAGUGUGUUAGAUUAUAGAACAGGUGAGGUGGCCCAUUGGCAGGCAGUGUGUUAGAUUAUAGAACAGGUGAGGUGGCUCAUUGGCAGGCAGUGUGUUAGAUUAUAGAACAGGUGAGGUGGCUCAUUGGCAGGCAGUGUGUUAGAUUAUAGAACAGGUGAGGUGGCCCAUUGGCAGGCAGUGUGUUAGAUUAUAGAACAGGUGAGGUGGCCCAUUGGCAGGCAGUGUGUUAGAUUAUAGAACAGGUGAGGUGGCCCAUUGGCAGGCAGUGUGUUAGAUUAUAGAACAGGUGAGGUGGCCCAUUGGCAGGCAGUGUGUUAGAUUAUAGAACAGGUGAGGUGGCUCAUUGGCAGGCAGUGUGUUAGAUUAUAGAACAGGUGAGGUGGCCAUUGGCAGGCAGUGUGUUAGAUUAUAGAACAGGUGAGGUGGCCCAUUGGCAGGCAGUGUGUUAGAUUAUAGAACAGGUGAGGUGGCCCAUUGCAGGCAGUGUGUAGAUUAAUUGGCAUGGCAGGUGUGUUAGAUUAUAGAACAGGUGAGGUGGCCCAUUGGCAGGCAGUGUGUUAGAUUAUAGAACAGGUGAGGUGGCCCAUUGGCAGGCAGUGUGUUAGAUUAUAGAACAGGUGAGGUGGCUCAUUGGCAGGCAGUGUGUUAGAUUAUAGAACAGGUGAGGUGGCCCAUUGGCAGGCAGUGUGUUAGAUUAUAGAACAGGUGAGGUGGCUCAUUGGCAGGCAGUGUGUUAGAUUAUAGAACAGGUGAGGUGGCUCAUUGGCAGGCAGUGUGUUAGAUUAUAGAACAGGUGAGGUGGCUCAUUGGCAGGCAGUGUGUUAGAUUAUAGAACAGGUGAGGUGGCUCAUUGGCAGGCAGUGUGUUAGAUUAUAGGUCUAGGUCUUAGUUGCUCCAAUACUUAUUGCCUUUAAAGAAAGAUACAUGUUUUAUUUUGAUGAACGUUUCUCAAUCAACUGCUCGGUGUCUUUGUUGACAGACUAGUAUUCUUCGGGGGCUACGGCUACGUGGCACAAGGAGCUCACCGAGGGACAUUUGAAUACGAUGAAACUUCAUUCAUGGUAUGGUCAAUUCAUUCCACAACUCUUCAGCUGCUUUUAACGGCAGUAUGAAGACAAUGGUCUGUUUAGUGUAUUUGUCUGCAGCAAAGGGAGUCGUCAAUAAGGGUAAGUACUUGGUCGUGUUCAUUAGGCACCAAACGGAAGAAAAUGGACUGAAACGGGACGGGACAACCUGGACUUGUCCAAUAAGAAUUGCACAUUUUUGUGUUCCAUAGCAAAAAGUUUUCUGUUGCAUGGACUAAUGAACACGGCCCCUUCACUGUGUGUUGUAACAGGGAGAUAAUCCGGUGCGGGGCUGGAACAACCACAUUCACGUCCUGGACCUGGAGACGUCCACCUGGAGCCAGCCAGUCACCAAGGUAACGCCAUUCCCAUAAAUCCAGCCAUUUUUUACAGCCGUUUCAGUGGGAGCGCCAUUCUCACCUCUCCUUUCCCUCCCUCUCUCCUGGCGAAAGGGCAACACCCCCUCACCCCGGGCAGCGCAUGCCUGUGCCAAGGUGGGCAACCGAGGCUACGUGUUUGGGGGGCGUUACAGAGUAAGUAGGAAUGUUCUUUGAAAAUAGAGCUUACUCAAGUUCCUGCUGAGUUUACGGUCAUGCUGUCUAAUGUUAAACAAUAUCACUGGCCUGUAGACAGAGAUUUAGGGCUUAACCAUGUUCAUUUAUAUGAUUUAUACCUUAUUACAUCAUAGAUUAUAACGGAUAUUGUAUUCUAAAUGUUUGAUGCUCUUCUUCCAUAUGAGUAAGGCUUGUCUCUUUCGCAACAGGAUUACCGCCUGAACGACAUGUACUACAUCGACAUGGACUCCUGGGAGUGGCAUGAAAUGUACACUAUGCUAACUUAUCCAAAAUGUCUUCAUGCAUGUUAUAGCAUUAUACACAUCCAUUUUUUUUAUGGGAGGAUGUUGUGCUCUUACCCAUGGAUGUCCCUGUGUGUGUUCACCGUGAUGGGACUAACAAUCAUUCUUAACCCCCUCCACCUCCCCUGGUCCCACCUCCUCUCGCUCCCCUCCAUCUCCCCUCGCUCCCCUCCACCUCCCCCGGUCCCACCUCCCCUCGCUCCCCUCCACCUCCCCCGGUCCCAUCUCCCCUCGCUCCCCUCCACCUCCCCUGGUCCCACCUCCCCUCGCUCCCCUCCAUCUCCCCUCGCUCCCCUCCACCUCCCCCGGUCCCAUCUCCACUCGCUCCCCUCCAAUUCCCCCGGUCCCAUCUCCCCUCGCUCCCCUCCCCCGGUCCCAUCUCCCCUGGUCCCAUCUCCCCUCCACCUCCCCCGGUCCCACCUCCCCCCGCUCCCCUCCAAUUCCCUCCCCGGUCCCCUCCAAUUCCCCCCGGUCCCAUCUCCCCUCCCCCGGUCCCAUCUCCCCUGGUCCCAUCUCCCCUCCCACCUCCCCCGGUCCCAUCUCCCCUCGCUCCCCUCUCCCGGUCCCCAUCUCCCCUGGUCCCAUCUCCCCACCACCUCCCCCGGUCACAUCUCUCCUUGCCCCUCUUCAGGAGUAUUCCUCAGCAGGGUCCUGUGGGACGCUCAUGGCACUCCUUAACCCCUGUGUCACCUGACCACAUGUUCCUGUUCGGAGGCUUCACAACGUACCGAGAGACGCUCAGUGAGUGAAGAUACUCAUUCUUAAAGUCCCACGGCUCGCCCACAAUGAUUUCCCUUUCAUCUAGUUGUGAUAUCUACAGGGAUGCUGCUGUACUGUUCGCAAAUGAUAGCGCAGUACAAUCACACAGAGAGCCCCAGGUAAUAUCUCCAUACUGAUAAACCAGUACAAUCACACAGAGAGCCCCAGGUAAUAUCUCCAUAGAGAUAAACCAGUACAAUCACACAGAGAGCCCCAGGUAAUAUCUCCAUACAGAUAAACCAGUACAAUCACACAGAGCGCCCCAGGUAAUAUCUCCAUAGAGAUAAACCAGUACAAUCACACAGAGCGCCCCAGGUAAUAUCUCCAUAGAGAUAAACCAGUACAAUCACACAGAGCGCCCCAGGUAAUAUCUCCAUACUGAUAAACCAGUACAAUCACACAGAGAGCCCCAGGUAAUAUCUCCAUACUGAUAAACCAAUUCAUCUUCAUGACAAUAUUACCAAAUAAGUGGUUAGGAAGAGACACUGCUUGUCUCACUGUGUACAUUGUUUGUGUUGUGAGUCAAUGGUGAUUUUUCUCUGACUGUGUGUCAGGCUCUGGCACACGGCCUGUUCCGGUCCUGACGGGGAGGUGUUUGUGUUUGGCGGCUGUGCCAACAACCUGCUGUCCCAUCAGCGAGCGGUGAGUGCCGUUAGAACACACCACUCAGUCAUAAACUACUAGACCUUUCUUGGUGUCACUUGAAAUUAGAACAACAAACCGAUUGAUUAACAGGUUUACUAUGGUUUGAAUACAUGUAUAUAUGUUCUUCGAUUGCCUUUUCAACAGGCUCACUGCAAAGAGUUGCUGGUCUUCACGGUUCAACCCAAGUCACUUGUUCGGUGAGUAGAAACAGAACCCAGUCACCAUGGCCCAUACACAGAAAUACUGUUUUCUGUUGCGUGCCCUAAUGAACACAACCCAAAGUCCAGGUAGUCACUCCCCGUUUCAGUCAGUUUUCUUCUGCCUAAUGAACAACUCAACUCUGAUACAGCACAUCUUGUGGUCAACCUAAAACUUGCCUUCCCAUGCAAAGUGUUAAGUUAUUGUCCUAGGUUCUGUAUGGAAGCAGCGCUGCAGCACAGAGAGUUGCUGUCUGGGUCCUGGGACUGCCUGCCUAUACAUCUGCUACACACUCUCAAACAGCGGAUGGGAGGCAUCAACGCCCUGGGCUCAUAA